AUGAAGAUGAGAGAUGAAGUCGGUCACUGCUCCGCAGAGCUCUUCCUGCCUGAACCUUGCCGCUCAAGUUUCUAUCACUGCUGCUCUGGUGCUGAUACUCGUGCGACUUAUUUGUACAUACCUCCUAAGCCAACAACAACUACAAGUACGACAACAACCACCACAACGACAACAACAACGACCACAACAACAAAGCGUGAUUAUUGUGAGUUCGUGGGGCACAACUACUGUCGAAAUUUUGCCAACCAGCACUGCGUCUCCCAAGUCACCUCUUUUGCCUGCGUCUGCGACGACGGAUACCACCAAGUCAUCGAAAACGGAAUCAAACGAUGCAUUCAUCCUUCCGAAAUUACCACCAAAGCGCCGACGACAACGACAAUAGGAUAUAAGACUUGCAAUGACCUUGAUUGUCUCGGAGAUGGAUCUUAUUGCAGGCCGAAUCCUGUCGGAGAUGCGACUUGUCACUGCCAUCUCGGAUGGAAAAUGAAUGAGCUCGGUUAUUGUGAAGACAUAGAUGAGUGCGAUGACCCGGACCCGUUUAGAUUAUGUGAGAUGGAACAUGAAAACUGUGUUAACACUCCAGGCAGCUAUGAAUGCCAGCUUCAAUGUGGAAACAGACUCAGAUACAACAAUGGCCGUUGUGAAGACAUUGACGAGUGCGCCGACGGAAUGCACGAUUGCGGAGAGGACGAAGAAUGCAUAAACACUUAUGGAGAUUUUAGAUGCAGAGGACAGCAAGCUUGCGCCGAUGGCUUCAGAAACGACGGAACUGGAAACUGCGUCGACGUUGAUGAGUGUGCCGAGGGACAUAUUUGCCCGUCAAAUGCGCGAUGUCAAAAUCUGCCUGGCUCAAAGUCUUGUGUAUGCUUGCCCGGAUUUGCUCCUGAUGAAAGUGGAAACCUCUGUGUCGAUGUUGAUGAAUGCUUGAGGGACAAAUGCAAUGGGUUCAAAUGUAUAAACACUAUUGGAAGUUAUCACUGUGAUAUUCAUCAACGACUCUGUAAGUCUGGUUUCCAACUAAACCCGAGUAGCAAUCAGUGCGUCGACAUCAACGAGUGCGAAGAUCAAAUCUCUCCAUGCAAAAUUCAUGAAAAAUGUGUCAACAACAUCGGUUCAUACUCUUGCGUUCCCGACUGCGCCCCUGGAAUGGAAUUCGUCGGAAGGACUUGCCGAGAUAUCAAUGAAUGUCGAGAAAAUACACAUGAAUGCGGGGAAAAUGGGGUUUGCGUAAAUAGAAUGGGAAGCUACAGUUGUCACUGUAAUCACGGAUUCCAAGAACGAACGUUCGGAUUCCAGCGCCAUACAUGUCAAGACAUAAAUGAGUGCGAACGACGAAGUAAUCCGUGCCAGUACAAUUGCGAGAACACAAUCCCUGGUUACACAUGCUCCUGCCCGACUGGAUAUGAUGUCCACGGAAACAGAUGCAUAGACAUAGAUGAGUGCAAAACUGGAAAGCACGACUGUCAGCCUGACCAAAUGUGCCACAACAUCGAUGGAGGCUUCAAAUGUAUCAACAAAACUUGCGACCCUGGAUAUAGAUUGAAAAGAAACAAAAGAGGGCAAAGCAACAAGAGAACAUCCCCCUACACAUGCGAAAAAGAAUGCAAAAACCCUCGAACUUGCGAGCACCGCGAAAUCUCCAUGAAUUACUUCUCGUUCAAAUCCGACUUCCACGGGCAGGCUUUCAAGCUCACGAUCGAUACACGCUCAUUAGUGUCCGUCAACUUCAAGAUCUCUUAUGGCGACAAAUCCCUUUUUGGACUCAAAGUGGAGGAUACAGGCAGUCAUUCUGUGGCAAUACUGAUGGCGAAGAAAGUGAUACAGGGGCCGGGAUAUUAUGUGGUGGAUAUUGAAACAAUCGCACAACUUCAACAUCGAAAGCUAACAUUUGUGACGCGCUGUAACAUAUGGAUCGGCGCCUAUCGCUUCUAG